CGGCAGGUCCAGGCUGAGGCGGCCCAGCGGCUGCGGGAGCUGGAGGGGCAGCUGGGGGAGACGCGGGCCCGGCUGGGGGCACCCCGGGGAGCACACGAUGAGGCGUUCACCUCCGAGAACAGCUCCCUUUCCGAAGCGGCCAGUCACGAGAAUGAUGACCCCCACGGUUUCCACCCGCCCAAGGGGGGCCCCUCGUCCCCCCGCAGCCGGGAUCAUCUCCGCACCGUGUCCGGCAGCCCCGACCGCCGGCCCAGCUGGCGAGGGCCCCCCACAGAGCUGGGCGGGGGGGCUGCCAGCCGCCGCAGCUCGCUAGCCAGCCCUACCAGCCCGAACCGGACCCUGCCCCGGAGUGUGUCCAGCUUUGAGGGCCGGAGCGUCCCAGCGACGCCAGUUCUGACCCGGAACAUCUGCAGCGGGAGCCAGAACUUCAGGCCAGAUGCCCCUGCAGCCGCCCGCCAGUGGUCAGGGAGCCAGGACUCCCAGCUUGGCCCCCCCAGCCGGGACCCCAGCGCCGACUGGGCCCCUCCAGCCUUCACCGCCCGCACCCGCCGUAGCAACAGCUCGGAGGCCCUGAUCGAGAGGGGGACUCCCCCCGAAGACCCCCCCUUCCGCAGCCCUCCUCGGCCCCCCUAUGCCGAGAUCCUGUUGGACUAUUACCUGGAGCGCCAGGGCUGGCCGGCGGGGGAUCACCUCUCACGCCGUGACGCCCCCCCGCCACCUGGCUGGAGAUACGCUGAGAGCCCCCUGCCACGCCGGGCGGGACGUGCCAAGUCCUGCGGGCCCCCUCCCCAGAGCCAGCUGCCCCCAGCCCCCCAGUGCCCGCCCCGGGCCGUCCACAAAGCCUUGGCCCUGGAGGGGCUCCGGAACUGGUACCUGCGUAACGCCGGGGGAGCAGGGGGGGGACCGCCCCCACCCAGGGACAGGAGAGGGGGACCCCCCCGUGGCUGGCCCGAACCCCACCCCCGGCUGGAGACGGGGGGCUACCUGCCCCAUUCGCUGAGCUACACUGGGCAGCCGCUGCAGGGCAGACCCUUUGCAGACCUCCUCUACCCGGAUGGGCCCAGCACCCCCUCCCCCGGCCUGGGGCCCCCCCUGGAUGUGGAGAGACACCCCCCAGGCACGCUGGUCUGACCUCCCGGGGCGGGGGGGCAGGAACAGCCAGGGGUUUAACCUCGCAUGCUGGGGGGACACUCCCCUGCUGGACAGGGGGGGGUGUGGUAUCAGGUGGAUUGGAGCAGGGGGAGAUGCACAUAUUUCCCCCCACACACUAGGGUGGUGUGGGGCACAGAUUCCCCUCCCAUGGGCUGAGACAUGUCCCCAGCAACCUCAAUCUGCCCCUGCCCACAUUCAGAUAUGGGGGGCAGGUCCUGGCUGGGGAAUCAGCCACCUACUGAACCCCCAUAACCACCGGCACUAACUGUCCCCCAAAAAACCCUCCCCCUUCUAAAAGUCUGGACAGCCCCCUGCCCCCU